AUGGUACUUGAAUCGUCCCACCUGCUACACCAUGCUGGUGCUAUACCUCUUCGCGCUGCACUGAUGCCCAAACAUAUCCUGGCAUAUCCCUUCGACACAUGGUCCAUAAUCGCUCUGCAUCUUCAUCGGGACCGGUAUUUCUAUCCAUCUGGCACUACCGGCACCUCUGAUGCCCAGACUCUCUGGAUGCGAAACCGUCUCACCGUUCUUACUGCCUCGUUCAUGCUCACGCGCGCAGCGACCGCCAUGGCCCAGUCUCCCAGCUUCUGUAAAGCCACUGCUUGGCUGCACACAGGGAUUCAAUGUCCCGUGCAUUCAUACGGAAUCAAUGCUGCUGUUCAUGGUCUACGAUCUCUUCUGCGCGUGGUUUCCAGGCCCAGUCAGACAGGAAAUAGUGAACAUAUGUCCCUUCGUCAAAAUUGUGGCUGA